UAGUUUUGUUCGCUUUCUGAUUGUGAUUGUUCGUGGAAUUAGGCGGAGAGGUCAGUUUCUUACAACGAACACAGGCCAAGAAAGCCUCCGCCAGACUUGCCUUGCUGCUUCACGGGAGAAUAGUGCCUGAAACUAAAUGGUAAUGAGUUUACUGGUUGAAUUCGUCCUGAAUUUGGCAAGUUGGAGCUGAUUGCAAUGAGUCUAUUCUGGUUCUUAGGAGGGAGAGUUCUUGAUGUGUUGAAGAACUGGCCUGAGAGGAGCAUUCUGGUCACUGUUGUGACUGAUGGUGAAAGGAUUUUGGGACUCAGAGAUCUUGGAUGCCAGUGUUUGCUUAUUACCAUUGAUGUUGGUGCAAACAACGAGAAAUUGCUGAAUGAUGAAUUCUGUUUUGGACUUGAACAAAGGAGGGCUACUAGCCAGGAUAUUAGAAACUUCUUGAGUUUCUUGUCUGCCGCAAAGCAAUACUAUGGAGAAAAAGUUCUUAUUCAGGUUUGAAACCAUUCCUUAAGUUCAAAUAUAUAUCUCAGUGCAAACUUAUUAUAUGUUUUUCCAAAGCUGCUAAAUUUCCAUGAAUAUAGGUUUAUCUUGUUGCAUGCUACUGUCCAAGAUAUAGGUAUAUUUUAGUUAUGGUACUGUCUAGGAAUAUAGGUUUAUCUUGUUGUAUGCUAAAUUUCCUGCUUCUCGUCAAUUUCCCUAAUUCAGAGGUUCUACUUUAAAGCUGCUCGAGCUGAUACAGAGGUGGAGUCGAGGUCCAAGAAUCAUUAACGUGCCCUUUGUUUCUGCUCGGCAUAGUUACGUGUGUAAUUGUGAUUUUUUAAAUAGUGGGCUUCCCUAGUGAUAACAUAUUGUAUUUGUGAUUUUAGUUACAAAACAAUUUUUUUAUA